CAUUUUGGGCCUAGUCCCGAACAAGCGAGCCCUCGUCCAAAUCGGGUUAGUGCUCCAAUUACCCGAUCCCACAAGCAAAGUCACUCAGUUGGACUUCCUCUCUCCAUCCCUCUGUCGACAACCCAUCGCGAUCCUCGCCCAUCGCCCAUCAUGUCGCUCGUGACCGGCGAUAAGACGAACUUCCAGUUCAUCUUGCGUCUGCUCAACACCAAUGUUGACGGCAAGCAGAAGAUCAUGUACGCGCUGACCCAGAUCAAGGGUGUCGGUCGCCGUUACUCCAACCUGGUCUGCAAGAAGGCCGAUGUCGACCUCACCAAGCGUGCUGGUGAGCUCACCACCGAAGAGCUCGAGCGCAUCGUGACCAUCCUCCAGACCCCUACCCAGUACAAGAUCCCUUCGUGGUUCCUCAACAGACAGCGCGACAUCACCGAUGGCAAGGACACCCAGGUUGUUUCCAACGGUCUCGACUCCAAGCUCCGUGAGGAUCUCGAGCGCCUCAAGAAGAUCCGCUCCCACCGUGGUCUGCGUCACUACUGGGGCCUCCGUGUCCGUGGUCAACACACCAAGACCACUGGCCGCCGCGGUCGCACCGUCGGUGUCAGCAAGAAGAAGGGCUAAAUCAUUCUGUUCGCUUUUUUGCCGGGGGUUCUUGGAGGGAUUCCGUUAUUUCCGGUGUGUUUCUAUGGACACUCGUGGGACCUUUUCCCCGCUGUCAAAAAAUUGAAAAUGAACUAUACCAAUGAAAUGAACCGAUCUUUCCAAUA